GACUCAAAUAAGUGCACAGCCAGAACAUUGUGUUGAGUUGUUAAUUUGGACAUCCGAGUAAUUUAGCCUCUGUUUUCGGCUGUUGUAAUCGGGAUUCGACAAAUGGGCAGCCUUUCGCGUCUUUCCAUCCAUGGCGAUCUCUGAAAUGGACCCUGAAGAACGAAUGUAGGGAUUCCGUGUGAAUUAGACAAGAAUCCAAAAAUCAGAUAGGCCUGAAGACUUUCGCGAGUUGGUUUGGCUGAUAUUGACGCUGGUUUAAGUAGACUAGUUUGCCGUUUUCGGCUGUAGCCUAGUGGGAGAUUCUAAAGAAACCUCGAGUCACUCAGAUUACACUCAAAGGCUAGAAUAAUGGAGCGUCUUAAAUUAGUCCUGCAAUACUUUCAGUCCAACUCUGAGUCAAUCUCUAACGGAAUCUGUGCUCUUUUGGCGCUUAUCAGUGUAAAACUUUAUACGAGUUUUGAUUUUAACUGUCCAUGCAUGCCUCAAUAUAAUAAAUUAUACGGACUAGGAGUCAUGUUCGUACCCCCGCUCAUAUUGUUCCUACUGGGAGUGCUCAUCAACCGGCACACGGGUGUUAUGAUGGAAGAAUGGCUAAGACCCAUAGGGAAAAGAUCCAAAAAUCCUACUGUGAUCAAACAUUUGUUCUCAGCCAUGAUCCAGAGGAGCCUUCUGGCCCCCAUGGUGUGGAUUCUGGUGACCCUCCUGGACGGGAAAUGCUUUGUGUGUGCAUUCAGCAUGAACGUGGAUCCAAAGUACUUCAGUGGCAUUCCGAACAACACAGGACUGGAGAUGACCAGGAUCCUGGCAAAGGUGCCGUGCAAGGAGGACGCCAUCUUCCAGAACACCACCUUCCGCAAGGCCGUGUCACGUUAUGUCCGCUGCUAUUCUCAGGCAAUAGGCUGGUCCAUUCUGCUGCUCCUGAUACUGGUGGGUGCAGUAGGUCGCGUCAUCAAGCCCUGCUUCAACCAUGCCGGCUUUCUGCAGACGCGAUACUGGAGCAACUACCUGGACAUCGAACAGAAGCUCUUCGACGAGACCUGCGUCCUGCACGCGCGCGACUUCGCCCGCAAGUGCGUCACGCAGUUCUUCGAAGGCCGGCGCGACGACGCCGUGCUGCGUUUGCCGCUGGCCCGCGCCCUCAUCACCCGUCCCUGCCGCCGGGACGAGUUCGGGGAGGAGGACGAGGAGGAGGAGCGUCUCCACGGCAUCACCAGUCAGGACCAGGUGGACCACCUGCUGCACGCCUGGUACCAGAGCAAGCCUGAGCUGGACGUGACCAAGAUGGCCUACAGACCCAGAGCCUGUAUCACCUGGGAAGAUGACCAGGGACGGGCGGUCUUCUCGGAUGUAUAGGAGCGAACGGAUCUGAAGCUCGUUGAAGUUCGUGGAUAUCAAAUGGUGCUUUCCUUCAAAUAUUGCAUUUUAUCAAUCAAUCAAUCAAUCAAUCAAUCAAUCAAUCAUUUUCACUUUCACUUCAACAGACAGCCCAAGUGGUGGGAACAUCACAAAACAACACAAGACAUGAGUUUGCAUCCUAGAGAGAUCACACAGACCAAAAAAGACUUUGGGACUUUGUCUUAUGAUAAAUCUGUCAGAUUGUGAAUAAGUGCCUGCAUUCUUCCAUCACCUUUCUGA